AUGUCGCACAUCACUACGGCGCCACGCACGGAGAGGGUGGCGUUUGAUGCUCUACCCCGAUUGCAUACGCGGAAUAUAAGCUCGGGAAGUUUUGAUGGACCCUACGAGCACGACAAUGAUUUGACUCAACAGUAUGAACGACGAUACGAUGGGGAAGAUCCCUCAUAUGAAAGAGGACAUUACGAUGGUUCGAUAGGCUCAAAUAGCGAGGAAGGGAGCCUUCCUAAGUAUGGUAACGAUCAGUCGUGGUCUGGUAGGGGAGUGGACUAUACUCAGAUUCCAACAGGCUACAAGCCUGACAUGAUAACCUAUAGCGAAACUACUCUGGACGUUGCGCCGGAAAUAGAUCGGGAGCGUCCCAACUAUAAACCAUCUGCACUUAGAUGGCCGUUCUUAACAGUUUUACUACUUGUAGUAUCAACCCUCGUUGGGCUGAUAGUAUGGGCUUUACAUGUUCUCCCUGUUCUCAACAACGAUCUCAACGUCUUAACCGAGGGAAUUCACGCAAGAGAAAUUCAGGGGCCGUCGUCUUAUACAGUCGUUCGGAUCGUCUUUACAGAGGUUAGGCCUAUUCUCAUGCCUACUCUCUUAGAGGGCCGUGCUGAAAGUGUCUCCGAGCCUACGUCUUCACUUACGUCCGAAAAUACAUCGCCGACAGCAGUCCCAACACCCGUUGAAGGCAACUUUGGACACGUCGGUGAUCAGACUAUCACCGAACCAGUGGGGCCAACGACAACACCACCGGCGGCUCAGGAUACUACGAAGCCUAAUACUGCGUCACAAAUUUCUACAGCCUACUCCAAGCCGGAGGAAGACUUCGGCCAUGUCGGAUCGAAGAUAGUGACGGAAACUAUACCAGAAUCAGACUACGGUGAUAUUGGAUCGACAUCAAUAUAUGAGUCCGUGGCAUCCACAAACCACGGCGGCAUCGGCACAAUUACGAUCUCGGAGACAGUACCACAGACACCAACCUUCGUAACACCAACCGUUACCAUUAUAACGAACUCAGAGGGUGUAAUUAUGACUUCAACAAGCAUCCCGGAACCCAUCUCAACACCUCAAACGACCACUCUUACCGACUCCCAAGGCCAACCUACAGCCACACAAGAAACCAGCGUGCUCGUCACGCCCUCUGUAAUAACCCAGACAGAUUCAACCGGGAAGCCCACCGCAACAGAAACAUUAUACCCGAUGAUUCCUCCCCCAUCGGACGAUAGCGAGAACAGCAAUGGCCACAUUGUAACUAAGGUCUACCAUAUCAACCAUGUGCAAUACUUCAUUGGCAGUUUCCUACCUACGCUCCUGGCCAUCGCUCUGGCGAUUCCUGUCCGCAUUCUCGACGUCAAUGCGAAGAUUCUACAACCAUGGCACGAGCUGGCGCAUGGCCGCGGAGCCUCCGGUCGGGAGUCGCUGUGUCUGAAUACCUCAGGCUUGCAGUCUAUUGCCGCAAGUUUGCGCUCGCUAGUCGGUGGCCAGGCACUCGUGUUUCUGACGACCGUGCUUGUGCUCGCCUCUGCACUGCUGAUCCCUAUCUCUGCUGAAGCUGUUAAAUUUGACUUACGCGGUAUUGGAUGCGUCGCAGGUAGCGGAAAUGCUAGCAACUGCGCAUAUGUGCUCAGUGUGUUCGAUCAAGCAGCUAAGGGUACGGCUGCAUUGUUGGCGUUGAUGGGCCUGGCGACCUUGAUGUUGAUCAUAGUGUUAGCACGAUGGCGCUCUGGAAUCAGCACAAACCCUUGGAGUAUUUGUGGAACGGCAUCGCUGUCGCUGAAUCCGGAUGUGCGUCUUCUAUUCACGAGCCUACCUGCCGGUAUCGACGCGGGUAAGAUGCCUAAGAGUCUCCUCGAGUCUGUUCUAGAAGAUCGGUGGUUCAAAUUGGGAUAUUUCUACGGUGCGAACGGGACGGUCGAGUACGGAGUGAUGCUACGUGAAAAUGCGUAUAGUCAUAAGAGGUACGCUCUGGGUCAAAUUGGGGGCGGAGAAAAAGAGCCGCAAGAUCAUCACGCGGUACCGACGAAACCGAAGCAUCACUUGCCUUUUCUUAUGUUAGGGUACAUAGGACGAGGCUUGUUCUUAUUUAUUCUAUCUGGGCUACUGGGUCUGAUAUUAUACUACAACAACACUGGCGGAGAUACAGCGUUCGAGAGGUUUAUGGAUAGCGAGUCGUUUGGAGUACGGUUUUUGUUUACCGCUGUCGGUGUUGUUAUUAGCUUCUUCUGGGCCUCAUUCUUCAGUAGCAUCGCUGUUCUAAGCCCCUAUCAGCUCUUAGCCAGUUCACCCCAACACGCCCGACGAUCAAUCCUACUUGCGCCACCGACCAAUGCAUUCUCAGGACUCCUAUCCUCAGUACGGCGACGUCACGGAUUCCUCGCCGUUGUCGCGUUAACUUCCAUCCUAUCCGAGUUCCUAACUGUCUUCCUCAGCAAUAUCCCCUACCGGGUCACACAGACCUUCCUACUACACCAGGUCUGUACGUGGUCUGCCGUUGGGAUCCUCUGUGUCAUGGUGCUUGUUGUCAUCGCCUCCUUCUUUAUCACUUGGCCGCACAUGCCUGUCGAUCCUAGUACUAUCGCAGGAGCUAUGUACUACGUAUGUGAUUCGUGGAUGCUUAGCCACUUUGAGGGUUUAAGUACAUUAAAGCGUAAGGAUAGAGACUGGCGCGUUAACGAGAUGGGGCUAAAGUAUGAGUUUGGAGAGAUCAGGGGCGCCUUGGACAUAGCGCGAAUCGGUGUGGAUGCAUCGUCGUCAUCUAGAGGUAUGGGUUGGGCGUAA